AAUAAGACUAAAUGUGCAAAUAAUAAGUAAUGAAACGGCAAAUGUAUAGACAAUGUAAACAAUGCUCUGAAUUGUUGUCCAUUUUGUGACCGAAUUAAUGAUUCACCGAUUUGUUGGCCACUCAGUGACCGAUUUACUGGAUAUUCAGUUAUUAUAAAUAUUAUAACAUUUGUGGUUAAAGAGUUAUCAUUAGAUUCAAUGGGAAAACCAGGUUUUGGUGGCAAUCGGGCGCCGACUCGAUCGGACAAAUGUUUUAAGUGCGGAAAGUCUGGUCAUUGGUCUCGGGAUUGCACGUCAAUGUACAAGACAUUGUAUAAUCCAAUCGGCAAUCAAUGGCGACGGCGUCAAUCUGGAGGAGACAACUCAUGUUACAACUGCGGCCAAAGCGGUCACUACUCGAAAGACUGUUCAAAAUCAAAUGAUUUAUGUUAUAUUUGUACGAAAAGUGGACACUUUGCUAAAGAUUGUCCCGACGGACAAAACUCGGCGCCAAAAUGUUUCCGAUGUGGAGGAGAGGGACACAAAUCGUUUGAAUGUAUGAACGGUAACAACGGGUCCAAUAAUGGCAACGGUUGUUAUCAAUGCGGACAAAGCGGACAUUUUGCUAGAGAUUGUCCUAAUUCGGGAUCGUCGGGAUCAACGUGUUAUCAAUGCGGAAGACCGGGUCAUUUACAGAAAGACUGUCCGACUUUUAAUGGAAACAGUGGUGAUGUUUGUUAUCGAUGUCAACGAAACGGACAUUUUGCCAGAGAGUGUCCUAACGUGGGUCCCACUUGUUUUCAAUGUGGUAAUGAAGGCCAUCAACAAAAAGAUUGCCCAACACUUAAUGGAAACAGUGGUGACACUUGUUAUCGAUGCCAUAGAAGUGGACAUUUUGCCAGAGAGUGUCCAAAUGUGGGACCAAAAUGUUUCCGUUGCGGUAAUGAAGGCCAUAAAGCCCGAGAUUGUACGGCAGUGAAUGGGAGCGGUAGUGAUGGUUGCUAUAAAUGCGGUAAAAAUGGACACUUUGCUCGCGAAUGUCCCGAUAUUGAUAUGAUUACUAUUGACUGAUAGAUCGCACAUUUUUUUAUAUAAUAUAAACUUUUAUUUAAUACAAUAUCUCAUU